CAGCUCUCCUCCUGCCUCCUCCCAAAGGAUUAGCCAAUAUUCCCAGGGCAGGGCGCACUCCCCAGCCUUGCUACUUUUUCUUUCCUCUAUAUACGUGUUUGUUUUUUUUUCUUCUAGCUCAUUCCAGAGCGGAGAGAGCAGCUUUGGAUUUCUCCGAGCGUCUCUCUCUCUCUCUCUCUCUUUUUCCCAUUUUUUUUUCUUCCCCUUGCAGCUGGAGCGCUGCCAGUGUCUCGCAGGGCCAGUGGUUUAUCUGCAGGCGCAGAUUUCGCACCCCAGCCCAGCAGCAAGCAGGCUGCCUGCGAGCCAUCCCCGGCAGCAAGCAGGGCGUGCGCCCCGGAGGUGAGGGGAGAAGGGCAAUAAAAGACUUGGAGAUCUCACUGCAGCCCAGAAAAAUAAAGAAGAGUUCGGUUCUCUCGGCAUGAGCAGCGUCCGAGCGGCACCCCGGGACCUGCUGGAUCCUUGCACAUAAUAUGACCGAUGUUGAGCCUUUCGUCUGCCUCCCCAGAGCCGAGCUUUUGGAUUUAAGGUAGCUGGCCCAAGGAGCAGCCCUCGCGAUGUUGGCCAAGGCAGCGCUUGCGCUCGGUGUCUGGCUGCAGCUGGCGGCGGGGCAGGAGGCACCUGGCAGAGGUGCCCAGCCCUCCAUCUCCAACUCGGAGGGAGACAUCCUCUUCUUGCUGGACAGCUCUGGCAGCGUCUCCUACUACGAGUUUUCCAAGGUGAAGGAAUUCAUGUGGGACCUCGUGCGGCCUUUCGCCUUUGGCCCCAACGACGUGCAGACCAGCAUCAUCCACAUCAGCACCACUCCCACCAUGGAGUUCCCCUUCGACCGGUACCAGUCGCGUGGGGCGGUGCAGCAAGCCAUCCGCGACACCCAGCAGCUCAUGGGCGACACCAACACGGGCCAAGCGCUCUCCUACGCCAAGGAGAAGUUCUUCAGCAACGAGGCCGGUGCCCGGCCGGACGUGCCCAAGGUUCUGGUUUGGGUGACGGAUGGUUUCUCCACCGAUGACAUCUCCGAACCCAUGCAGCUCCUGAAGGACAUGGGGGUGACGGUGUUCAUCGUCAGCACCGGGCGGGGGAAUUACCUGGAGCUCUCUGCUGCUGCCAGCCAGCCUCCCGAGAAGCACCUGCACUUUGUGGACGUGGAUGACCUGCCCAUCAUCACAAAGGAGCUUCGGGACGCUAUGCUAGAGGUUAUCCAAGCAAAUCGGCUCCACGCAGUGGAUAUCACCUCAAGCAGCUUCCGUCUGAUGUGGCCCAAACUCCUCUCCCAAGAAACUGGCUACUACACCCUAGAGUACGCCCCGACAAACAAUCUGGCAGGCAAGAGGACAACGCAACUGUCUGGGGCUCACACAAGCUUCACACUGAGCAACCUCGCACCAGAAACCACUUACGAGGUGGCACUUGUUCCUGAAUCCAACGUCCACUACUUCCCUCCCCAGACAACAAGGGUCACCACCCUGGCAGAGGAAAUCACUCCUGCUCAGGUUCUCAUCUCGGAGUCCAGCCCGCACAGCUUCCAGGUCAGCUGGGCUCCUACACCGGACAGCGUGGCCGCCUACCAGAUCCUGUACGGGCCGCUCCCUGGGGACUCGGCGCAGCUGCUGGAGGUGGAUGGCAAGCAAAACAGCACUGUGGUGGAGAACCUGGCACCCAACACCACCUACCUGGUGACGGUGACUGCGAUCUACAGGUCAGGAAAGGAGAAAUCCCUGUCGGCUAAAGCAUGCACUCAGGAAGAGGGCUCCAAAGUGAGGCACCUUCGCUUCGAAGACAUGGGCUCCAACACCCUGAAAGCCUCCUGGGACGCCGCUGACGGGAAGGUCCUCGGUUACCGAGUCAGGUGCCGUCGGCAAACGGGCCCUUCGUCCCUCAUCAGCGUGUCGCCACAGAUCCACAGCGUGCUCCUCACCGACCUGCCUUCGGGCACCACCAACAAAGUGUGCGUGAAGCCCAUGUACAAAAACCAGCCGGGCAAGGGGCUGUGCCGCAUGGUGCGCAUGCAGCCGGCUACAGAAGCCCAAGGAUAUAGGCACAGACAGAGAGCAUGACAGACCUGAGAGUGAACUGAUCCCCCGCAGAGCAAGGGAUCUCGCUUGGACAAAGACUUGGACAAAAUGGAGGGGUCUGCAGAGGAAGCCAGAAAGCUCACGGAUCGUUUCCCAGCCUGCACUGUCAGCUGAGUUGUCCUGGUUGUCACCUCUAAAGGCUAUCCUACGUCAAGUUCUCGCAAAGCUUAAAGAUCUGGUUUGGCUGAGUGGAACCUACAAUCCAACUGCUAGAUGCCAAAUCUGUACCCUCUCUUGUACAAAAACAUGCCUGACAAACAACAAACAAAAGCAACCCGAUGAAUCUUCACUAUUGCUUGCUUAUUUCCUAUUCUCUAUUUAUUAAAUUGAUACAGUUGUAUUUUUGCAGCCUAUGAGCAUGUUCAAGACACAGCUGUUUACUGCACUGGCCUUUUAUUCUGGGCACCUGCACUCAGAGAGAGAUUACAAACUGUCAAUAGCCAUUGAUAUUGGCAAAGAGCAGCUUUCCUCCAACUCAUCCGGUGUAUUCAAUAGGUAUUGCAAAUUAGGCAUCCCAGAAGUAUAGCAUCUCAGGGAUGGAAGGUAAAAGCACUAGGAGAAAGAAUAACAUGUACAGAGAAUGUGCAGUACACAGAGGAGACCUGGUCAAAGCCACCAGGAUAUCUGAGAAGAGGAAGAAAAGAGGUUAUUAACCCACUUGGUCUGUGGCCAGGACAUGGAAAUGCUUUAUAAAAGACCUGCCUUCCACAAAGUGCAAGAAUAAUCUAGUUUUCCCAGUUUUUUGGUUUGUGGCAGAGCUUGGUCGGUGAACUCUGAGGAAUGGAACAACAGGACCAUGCCAGGCCAGGGCUGACAAGUACUGUCGAUGAGUGCUCUAGGAGAAAAGUUUGUUCACGUCUGCCUGCUGAAUUCUUGAGUCUCAUCAACACUGGCACUGGUGCUAAGUUCGUCUGCUGCAGUAACUUACAGAUCCCAGAUGGACUUUGAAGGAUUCAGUUCCCCUGAGUCAUUUGCCUUGGGAUCUGAUAACGGUCUGAGAGAGCAUAAAACUCAGAAAACUUGGGAAUUUGCUUCCCCAGCAGGCUACUCUAAUCCAAAGCUUUCAGCCCUCAGCUGAGCUCAAGGAGCAGCAGUGAGUCCAGAAAGGCCAGACUGUAAGGCCAUCUAAAGCAGUUAUUUUGGUUUCUCAAUCAAACACGCACCUCCAAACAACACAACAGGGUACUACUGCCUGGACUGUGACCACUGAAUUACUGUGGCAUACCUGCAAUCAGUCUCAUCAAGUUAGGUAUGAGUCUUGCCAUCAGAGCAGCUAUAUUGAGAUUAAUUAGCCUGUUCUAUGGCUAAUUAGAGGCUGUAAGUCUCCAGCACUAUCAUUCCAGGCUCUGUCCUCUGUGCUCUGAAGACUCCUAAAACAUCUUUAAAUUGUCUUGUCCUGGGCUCCUACUCGGUGCUAAGCUUUAGCUACAUUUAGAAUUCAGGUUUUUAUGGGAGAAGAAUGAAUCUGAUUCUUUCCUUUUUUUUUUUCAAGCCCCACGCUUGAAUUGGCUGUCACUAAGCUACUCUUCAGAAAGGGGAGUUGGAAGAAAUAAAAAGAAAAAAAAAAAGAAAAAAAAACCAAUUUUAGUAGCUAGUGACAAAGCCAUUUGAGAAGCACAGUUCCAAAAUUUGGGGCUUAUGGCUAUAAAGAAAUAUAGCUACUCCUCUGGUAACCAAAACCAGCACCAGUGGGAACACCUUCCCUUGGUAAUGCUUGCAAUAUUUUAAAUUUAUUGCUUAUUUGUUUGACACACAGAACACUUUUUUUAAAGCCGUGCUUGGAAAGCCUCCACGCACUGCCAUUCCAACCUGCAAACCCUCCAUAGCUCUGCUUAUGGAUUCCUUAAAAUGAGUUCCUUUUGGAGCUGAGGGGAACUUUGUCACUGAGCUCCGAACUCGUCACGUCCAGGUUUAUGGAACAUUUGCCUUGGGCUGUCUCCUUGCACAGGAGGAAGGGAUGGGAGGGAGAUGAGUCAUUCAUUAACUCGAUACGAAGAUUUCUUACGAUUUGUGUUUUCCUUUGGAAUGUGUAUUUGUGGCUGAUUAAUCUUAAUGGAGACUCUGUGCUGAGGGAAAGAUAAAGCCUCUGGAAACUGUCACGCAAUAAGGUAUCUUGUUCAAUCUUGCUGUAGGACAGAGAUUGUUUAAUUUUGCACAACUCCUGCAUAGCUUACUAAUACAUUCAGAUUCCCCCAAUUGUAACGCACCCUUUUGAAGACAGUCAAUUAAAUAUAAAAUACAAGA